UUCUGUUGUUUGUUUUGACAUUAUUGUGCUAACAAUGACGGCCACCAACGAACGAUGAGAACACCAACAACUAAAAUGACACGUUAUCUAAAUGAAAUUCGCGUUAGUUUUGCUAUUUAACUGCACAGCUCCGUUACAGUUAGCUAACCGUUAGCUAGCGCAACAGAUGUUGACUGUGCGGCGGUGUGAUUCAUUUCAACAGGUGAUAGCUACAGACAGGUCUGUCUUUAUAGGUUUGACGUUGGUGACUAUCUCGAAGAGAGUUGUAGACUUAUUUUGCGACAUUUUUUGCGGCUAGGAUAUCUAUAGUUAGCUGUGAUGCGUGUUGAACUAGCCAUCUGUAAACGUCAGUUGUACGUUAGCUAAAGUUUGCCACUGUUGGUUGAGUGCCAUGCUCCUUGGCCGUAUUCUAAUCAGAUCGAUCUGUUCAAAAAGUGUUGGUUUACAGAGAGUUUUUGCUGUCAGUGAACUAUCAGUUCGGAGGCUAUAUCCCAUAUCUACCGGUCACUGUCGUAACGUCAACGCGCUUAAGACAUCUGCACACCGGUUCCGACUCAAGGCACAAUCCUGUCUCUAUCAGCUUACAGUGUGUGAUAUGCAGGCAGCCAGUAUCUGUUAUGGCAAAGAAACCACUGUGGUUGCCUUAGAUGACGAUGAUGAUGAAGAUGAUGAUGAAGGUGUGGUUGGACAGAACAGCCGGGAUGAAAAUGAGGACUUGAAGAAGACAGUUGUGAUCCCUGAUCAGGUGCAGGCAGUCAGCAUGGAGGUGCAGCAAGAUGAGACUGACUGUAGAGCUCCAGCAGGAUCAAGUGAAAAGAGCACAAAGAGGAAGAUGAGGAGGGAGAAGAGGAAAUUGAUGAGGAAAAAGCUCAAGUCAGCUGAUACUUCAGAUAAUUUAAUGUCAGAGCUUCCGUUCUCUCUGACCAGCCCCACCACAUGGAAAGACCUGGGAUUCCCCAGCCCAGAGUCAACCCAGAAGAAGAGAAAGAGGAAGAGAGGAGACGCUGGAGGGCGAGUGGACAGUGAAGAGGAUGCAGAGAAGAAGAAGAAAAAGAAAGAGAGCCAGCGACCCAACUACUUUGUCUCCAUCCCCAUCACUAACACACAGAUCAGUUCAGGUGUGAUCGAGGUCCAAGAUGCGAUACUCCAGCAGGAGCCCCGAUUGGCCAAAACCAUGAUCCCUGUCCCAACUCUCCACGUCACGCUAUUAGUCACUCAUCUCGCCAAUCAGGAGCAAGUGGACCUGGCGGCAGCCGUGCUGGCUCAGAUCAAGCCGUCACUGGCUGAGCUGCUGGGUGGGCGGGAUCUGGUGCUGCCCUUCUCAGGGAUCGGUCAUUUCAGGAAGGAGGUGGUGUUUGUUGGGCUGGCCCAAGGACAGCACAGACACACACUGGACAGUGUGGCAGAGUUGCUGCAGAGCCGUUUUGUGGAGCAGGGUCUUCUGCAAGAAGGCAGUCGUGGGUUUGAACCCCACCUCACCAUUAUGAAGCUGUCCAGAGCAUCAAAACUGCGAUCCCAGGGUAUUAAGCGUGUGGACCCAGCCCUCUACUCCAACUAUACAAACAAGUUUUUUGGAGACCAGACAGUUGAGCGAGUCGAUCUUUGCUCCAUGUUGAAAAAGAAGCAGCAAGACGGAUAUUACCACACUGAGACUUCACUACAUCUUGGUGGGCGUCGCCGAUCUGAGCCUGACGAGGCGGAGCUACUGAGGGUCAGCAGGCGAUUGGUCGAGGAUGCGGUCAACCGCGCCUUGCAACAAUACAAACAAGAAACACUUCAAAAUGGGGGCGGGCCGAAUGCCGCUGCAGCGCAGCCCCCUGGAAACGCUGAGGAAACAAAGACGGACACAGCUAGAGCUAACGCCACUACAGACAACAGGAAGUGACAUCAUCGGACUGAGGCCCAGACACUGAAAAACCAGCAGCCCAGAAGACAUCAGCCAGGCCUGGCUAACCAGGAGAAGAGUCAGUAAGCCCUGGGCACAAAGCCUGAACCAGCCAACCAGUCAGCCCAGUUUGCUGACUAGCUAACCCAGCUAGCCAACCACAACGGCUAGCCAGUCAUGCAAGCUACCUAAACAGUGCUAGUUAAAUAGAUAAUGUAGCUUGAGUUCAGUGCUGUGACUGUCCCAGUAGGCCAGCUAGCUAAGCCUGUCAGUUAACUCACCAACUCUGGUGUCCUGCAUCUUAACAGCAAGGAUAUCGAUCGCCACUCAGCUGUGGGUCUGUGUUUGCACGCCAAACCCAGAAAACAUACGUGAAGCACUCCUCUAGAGACACACGAGCGCAUCUAGGGUUCACCUUGACCCGUCUCACAAACUGCCCUUUUAGAAUAAGAUAAAUCAUGUUUUGUAGACAGUUCACCAUCACCUGCACUUAAAAUGAGACUCAAUAUCCUCAUUUUCCCUUCCUCUCCCUCUCCCUCUUUCUCCUUAACUUCAUUGUUUCAGGUGAAGAAAAAGUGCAGUUUUCUUUGAGCAUAUGUCUCUCUUGGAAAAUCAGUGCUGUCUUCUUGGAUAAAAGUUACUCAUCUGCUCAUGUUUGUGGCUGCAGAUGAUCCGUGAAAAGAGCUGGUUUGACUGACGGAGUCUGAGUUGUGAUUGGAUUCUUCAAACUUAAGAAACCGCAAGUUUGACUUUGUGCAAGUUUUUCUUUGUGUGUGUGCGCGUGUACUUUGCAGCUAGUCUGGGUCCAAAGCACUUUCAGCUCAGUUCAGUUUCAGAAAACGAUCUUCUUUAAUCGAUUUGAUUUCACUUUUUACAUGAGAUACCAAACUGCAUUUGUGACUUUAUUCUUUGAGUUGUUUAGAGAAAGUGAUCUGGCCCCAGCUACGCUUUAAGUAUUAUAUGCUUCUGUUGUAUUAACCAAGUACGUCCUGCUGAUGCAGCACUGAGACAAUCAUCGGUCUGAGCUAAAUUCAGCCCUAAGCUCUGAAUUCACAUAUUUAAACAGAAACUAAAUGAUACAAGCUUUUUCUAACUCAACCUGGACUCCUCUGUUGGAUCCACAAACACUAUGGGAGCAUACUUUACAAAAGAUGUCAGGUGAAUUGGAGAUACUGAGCUGCUGAUGCUAAAGGGUAAAAUGACACUCCAACGAUACACUACAAGUUGCCAAGAAUGCAUUUUUACUUCACAAAACCAUUCAUGACCUGAGUGCUUGUCUCAAUGGAAACUCAAAAUCUAAUUUUUAUGUUGUUAUUCGACGCAGGCUUUCAUAACCCAGCUACCUGCCUGACCUCAUAUAAAUGUCACCGUUUUAUGUUCUGAUUCUUUGUCAGUUUUUUUUUUCCCUGUGAAGUGAACCUGAAGCGGCAGCACAGCCGUUUGAGGCUCAGUGUUUCUUGGGACUAUUUAUGCUGAUAUUCUGUGUUCCUGUACAUGUUAGAGCAGUUUCCCAGAUGCUGAAGUUGGGGAGGUUAACUCAGACAAUCGCUGCUGUCAGCUGAAACCCCUCCGGCUCAUUAGUUCAGUGUCUUCCAUCCAUCUUUUUCUGUUAAACUUGAAAAUGAAGUUGGCCUUUCGUGCUCCCCAACUCCAGAAACACACAGGCAUCGGUGUGAAAUUGAAGGAGAUUUUUUUUUUUUUUUUACUUGACUCCCUGGAGAUAAGGCUUUUGACUGACAGCAAGAUGAUGAUGAUACAGCUAAGAUGAAGGUAUACUCUGUUAUUUUAUCCUUUUUAACUAUUAUUUAUAAUGCUUUGCUGUUACAGAAGGAUAGUUGCUUCCCUGUUAGAGACAUGAGUUUCAUGUGGAAAAAAAUGAAGAGAUUUCAUUUUGAAAUGAGAGAAGGAGUUUUCAGUUUACAUUCAAAGGUGAAAAAAGCACAAAAUUACACAUUUGUUAUAUGAAUGUCAUUGGUUUCACUUUUUAAAGAGCAGGUAAAGACAGUAUAUGCUGUUAAAUCAAACCACCUCUGUUCAAAGUGGCCUUAAGUCACUGAAACAAAUUGAUGUGAUUUUUCUGUAAGUGCUUAAAGGUUCUAUAUAUGAGAUUUUGAACAUUAAUAUAGCAGCAAACAAGUAUUUGAUAUGUAAAGAUAUAGUGGAGUAAUGGUGGCUUCUCUGUUUUUUGUGUUAGUAGCCAGCCCGGCUGCAUGUGCAUGUUAGCAUGCGAGUCCCUCCUCACGUUUAUAAAGAGGUUCAGGCUGAAAGCAGAGCGUUACUCGCGUGCUUCACUGCCGGAUCAUUUAUUUUGUUUAUUCGUCCCAAACAACCAGAAUAUCUUAACGCACAUUAGCUGUAAGCCAGCGAGCUACGGCAGGGCAGAGGAUGUGAGGAUCCCUGACUGAACUCAGCAUUCAGGAGAGAGUUUGGUUCUUUCUGUUAUUUUCCCGAAGUGAAGGUCGACACCUCCGCGGCUCGGGGACGAGAAGUGAGAGCGCAGAUAAAUCGACUUUUUGAUCCCAAAAGCUACAAAAAAAAAAAAAAAAAAAAAAUCAAGUCGGCUCCUCUUCCGCUGGUAAACGUCUCCGGAUCAGAGCAGAAUCCGGUGCGACUGCAGGUUCUUAUUCCUCCAGAGGCUCCGGUUCUGCCGCCGGCUCUCAGUAACGCCCCAGAUUAUUUUCACAUCGAAUUUUGAAUUAAGGGUUUAUCUGAACCAAAGCAGAGUUAGCGAUUGUUGGAACAGUGAGAACACAAAACCAAGAUGGUUUUACUGAGUUUUAUUUUGUUUAUCUUGAAUGAAGCGUGUUAUCCAAUGGUCUGCGAAGCAAAAUUACUAAUUUCGUAAAUGGAGUCUGGUUGCUUUGAGGCGAGCGAUGUAACGGCUGUUUGUAGUGAGGGGGGAGGUGUGGCCGAGACACCCUGAGCACGACAUCUAGUGUCAGCCAAUGUCGUAUAUAGAACCUUUAAGGUGACGAUGCAUAGGUGUAGGGGUGAUGAAGGCUCAUUUUGCUGUAAGAUUUGCCAAAGUCUCUUAAAAUGUCAACCUGUGGCUAAAGAGUUGCACUCUUGAGUUAAAUGUUAAAACUGUCCACCGUGAAACACAAUUCAUGUCAUUUCUGUUUUGAGGUAAAUGCGUGAGCACAGAGAAGCAGAGACUGUUCUCCAGCUCAGAUUUAUUUCCCUCCCGUGUAAACAGGUGUGAGCUGGAAAACGUGCUGUCAACCCUGUGAAAUCCACUUAAGUCCUGUCACUGUGGGCUCAUUGAAACGUCAAUAACAAAGGUGAAUUCUGUCUUAAGGUGGACUUUGAACGUACUCGUUUUGAUCUUUUACUGUCACCGGAUCCUUAAUCUCCUUAAAAUCCCCUUUAAUACACAAGUUGUCCUAUUGGCCUGUAUGGUUACUCUGUUCAUCUGUGUGUGUGUGUGUGUGUGUGUCUGCCGGAUGUUUGAUCAAUGGUUCCCCAGAGAAAUUCUUGUCUCUUAUCAAUCAUGGCCACUCGGAGCUGUAUGUGUGUGAAACGUCUAUACAAAUUUGUCUUUUCGGUUUGUCCGUCUGACUGCGCGUGCGUGUUGUUUGUACUGUGUUGUAUAUAUUGUCCUGCCAUAUUUGAACAAUAAAACAGGAUAUGAG